AUGAUAUUUCAGUUGCCAAAAUAUAAUGCAAGGCAACAACAACAAUUUCAUGCCUUUGCUUUCGGUCAGCGACCAUUCAUAGGAGGACAUUUUGGAAAUCCUUUGGAUCCCCUACAAAGAACUGCCGAUCCUUUAGCCUUCAGAAUGCCUGCAAUGCCUAAUUGCCAAAACAUGUCGCAAUUUGGUCUCAGCACCGGAAAUGCACAUUGGGGAUACAGUGCUGCCACACCUUACACUUCAUAUUUAGGCUCGGGGGCUUUGAGUAGCUGCGGAACCGGAAGUUUUAAUCCUUCUUUAGGUUUUGCAACGUCGGGUGAACAAACUCCAGUCGGACACGAAGGUUUUGGUUCUUCAACGGCCGUUAGUUCACUAUUGCCAGACACGACGACGGGAUCAGGUGGGAGUCUCAAUGUUGUAGGAGAUUUAGAACAACAGUUGGGCGGUUUAGUUUCAUCUCAUCAACAUCAGAAUCAAAUAAAUCAACAGCAAUCGGAAAGAACAUCUUCCAAUUCUUCUAAUAGCGGGCUUUUAGUGCCUAGGUAUCCGAAUUCAUCCGAUUACGGAUUAGGUACAAGAUCGUUAUCGGAUUCUUCAGCAGGAGAAAGUCCCGUCGGAGAUGAUCUUCUCGGUGGGAAUACGAAUUCUUCAAAUUCUUUUUCUUGCUCUGCCGCCGGUUCAUUUUCACAAUAUUCAAGUUCGGGAAGUAACCUUUAUCUCGGGACUCCCGUUUUACCGGCAUCUUUGUUAUAUUCCCAACUGUACAAUGCCGCUAAUCAAAAUCACGCUCAAUUUCAUCACCUUCAUCACCAUCAUCAUCACCAUCAUUCGUCUGCUACGGAUCAAGAUUUACAGAAUGUUAUGGAUCAUCUUAACCAGAGACAAAAUUCUGACGAUCAAACCCGUUUGGGUUCGGGGGUGCAAAGAACCGUGCAUUCGGCCGCGGAUUCUUCGGGGGUUUGGAGGCCAUAUUAA